AUGGCCACGCGCCCGCCCGCGCCCGCCCGCGCCCUCCUGCUCGCCCUCGCCGGGGCGCUGCUGGCGCCCCGCGCAGCCCGAGGGGUGAGCUUACCAGAUCAGGGAGGAGCAUACGAAGUCAAGGUCGAAGUCGCCGGCACCUCCCUUCGGAGCCCAGGAAUGAGUGUCGACUCAAAGGAUCAUCCAGAGUCGUUGCGCGUUCAACUACACCUGGAAAGCAGAGACCUGACCAUACACCUGCAAAGAAAUGAAGGCCUCAUUGGGAGCGGCUUCACCGAAACGCAUUAUCUGCAAGAUGGCACCGACGUCUCCCUCGCCCGCAACUACACCGGCCACUGCUACUACCACGGACACGUACACGGCGACGCGGAUUCCACCGUCAGCCUCAGCACCUGCUCGGGUCUCAGGGGACUUAUUACAUUUGAAAACCAGACCUACAUCUUAGAGCCGACGGAAAAUGCCAGCGGCGGACACAAGCUCUUCCCUGCAGAGGAUCUGCGCGGCAUCUGGGGGUCGUGUGGAUCGCACCACAACCCCACACGCCUCCCCACGGACGCCACGCCUCCUGCGCAGGCCCAGAUGCAAGCGAGAAGGCAUAAAAGGGAGACCCUCAAGAUGACCAAGUAUGUAGAGCUGGUUAUUGUCGCCGACAACCGAGAGUUUCAGAGGCAAGGAAAAGAUCUGGAAAAAGUUAAGCAGCGAUUAAUAGAGAUCGCUAAUCACGUUGACAAGUUUUACAGACCCCUGAACAUUCGGAUAGUUCUGGUGGGUGUGGAAGUGUGGAACGACAUCGACAAAUGCUCCAUAAGCCAGGACCCAUUCUCCAGCCUCCAUGAGUUUCUGGACUGGAGGAAGAUGAAGCUGCUACCUCGCAAAUCCCACGACAAUGCCCAGCUUAUCAGUGGGGUUUAUUUCCAAGGGACCACCAUCGGCAUGGCACCAAUCAUGAGCAUGUGCACGGCAGAGCAGUCUGGAGGAGUUGUCAUGGACCAUUCAGACAGUCCCCUCGGUGCGGCCGUGACCCUGGCACACGAGCUGGGCCACAAUUUUGGGAUGAACCAUGACACACCGGAGAGAGGCUGCAGCUGCAGAACGGCCGCGGAGAAAGGAGGCUGCAUCAUGAACCCUUCCACCAGGUUCCCGUUCCCCAUGGCGUUCAGCAGCUGCAGCAGGAAGGACCUGGAGACCAGCCUGGACAAAGGCAUGGGCGUGUGCCUCUUCAACCUGCCGGAGAUCAAGCAAGCCUUCGGGGGCCAGAAGUGCGGGAACGGCUACGUGGAAGAGGGCGAGGAGUGCGACUGCGGGGAGCCCGAGGAAUGUACCAACCGCUGCUGCAACGCCACCACCUGCACCCUGAAGCCGGAGGCUGUGUGUGCGCACGGGCUGUGCUGCCAAGACUGCCAGCUGAAGCCGCCGGGAACGGCGUGUAGGAGCACCAGCAACUCCUGUGACCUCCCAGAGUUCUGCACGGGAGCCAGUCCUCACUGCCCGGCCAAUGUCUACCUGCACGACGGGCACCCGUGCCAGGGAGUGGACGGCUACUGCUACAACGGCAUCUGCCAGACCCACGAGCAGCAGUGCGUCACCCUCUGGGGUCCAGGUGCUAAGCCUGCGCCUGGGAUCUGCUUCGAGAGAGUCAACUCCGCGGGGGAUCCGUACGGCAACUGCGGCAAGGACUCCAAGAGCGUCUUCACCAGGUGUGACAUGAGAGACGUGAAGUGUGGAAAAAUCCAGUGUCAAGGAGGUGCCAGCCGACCCGUCAUCGGUACCAAUGCGGUCUCCAUAGAAACAAACAUCCCACUCCAGGAAGGAGGUCGGAUUCUGUGCCGGGGAACUCACGUGUACUUGGGCGACGACAUGCCUGACCCAGGCCUCGUGCUCGCGGGGACCAAGUGUGCAGAUGGAAAAAUCUGCCUCAACCGCCGAUGCCAGAACGUCAGCGUCUUCGGGGUGCACGAGUGCGCCACGCGGUGCCGCGGCCGGGGAGUGUGCAACAACAGGAAGAACUGCCACUGCGAGGCCCACUGGGCGCCUCCCUUCUGUGACAAGUUCGGCUUCGGGGGAAGCACGGACAGCGGCCCCAUCCGGCAAGCAGAUAACCGAGGCCUGACCCUGGGGGUCGUGCUGAGCAUCCUGUGUCUUCUUACCGCCGGAUUUGUGGUUUAUCUCAAAAGAAAGGCCUUGAUCCGACUGCUGUUUACACAUAAGAAAACCACCAUCGAGAAGCUGAGGGGUGUGCGCCCCUCCCGGACAGCCAGCGGCUCCCAGCCUGGACAGGCCCACCCCGCCCACCCCGCCCACCCCGGCAAAGGCACAGCGAGCAGGCCGCCAUAUUCCAGCGUUCCCAAGGACAGGAGGUGGUCACCGCGCCCCAGCGCCGACAUCAGCGGCCCCCUCCACACCCGAGCCGCGCCUCGGCCGCGCUCCCCGCAGCCAGUGCUCCUGCCCCUGCACCAGGCCCCCCGGGCGCCCGGCGGCCCCGCCAGACCCCUGCCCGUCCGCCCCGGACCCAAGCAGACCCAGGGACCCCGUAAGCCAAGCCCCCCUCAGAAGCCUCUGCCUGCCACUCCUUUGAGCAGGACACCCCGGCUCGCCAGCGCCGUGGUAGCAAGGACCCCAGCCCAGCAGGAGCCUGGGCCCUGCCCAGCCCCCACCAGACCUGCUCCCAAGUGUCCACCCCCCCUGCCCAGGGGCGCACACCUUGCCUACUCGAAGUGAGAAGCGGGCCACCCCGACGCCUUUGUUCCGCAGUGAAGACACAAGUUUGCACUAUCUUUCAACUCCAGUUGGGAGUGAUUAUUUUUUUUUUGUACCAACUUUGAGGGGAAAGGGGGAGGGAAAUGUUUUUAAUCUUUAAAACCAUUGUUUUCGAGAACUUUGAGCUACUGCCGUCGGUGCUGUGCUGUGCUAUGGUGCUCUGUGUACUUGCUCAGGUACUUAUUGUUAAGUUAUUAAUUUAUAUGCAGGGCGUUCCUCGGCGCGGCGCGCUGCGGUAACGUCUGCCCCGCCGCCGAGUUUCCCGUGGAAGGAAGGCUUGUGGUGCUUCCAGUGCUUUCUCCACCUUGCAGUCCCCUGCUCGGUGCGAUUCUGGACACGAUGUUUACUUUCUGAUCAAGGCUCUAUUGGAAAGCAGCUUCCCAACCACCCACAGCUGUGGUUGUGGCUUCAGACCCAGCUCCAGAGGCCCCCGUAGACUCUGGGGUGGUUUUCCUGGAAGCCUUAGCUCGGGCCAGGGCUGGGGGCCUGCAGGCUGGGGCUCACCUUCAGGGAGGCCUUGGGUUCCUGCUUUGCCAUGCACAGACGACAGGGAGGGAUCUGGUUUCUGGCCCCGGAUCGAUGGAGAGAACCUGAGAGGCAGACAGGAAUGUGGAGGUGUGGCCACACCAAGCCAGACAGACAGACAGACAGACACUUGACCUUGAGCUGACCGGCCAUGAGCAUGUUUGGAGUGCAGACUAAGAGGGGAUCUUAGUAGCGCUCAAAGUUUUUGCUUUAUGGAAACAUCAAGAAGUUCUUUUUCUGGCUGCUCUUUACAAAGGGCUGGCAUCGACCCACUAUUUAGAUUGGAAAGGUGCUGUUUCUACAAGUGCCCAGGCACUUGAAAUCUCCAUCUCCCUGUACUGUUUGGAGCUAAGCAAAUUACCACAUUGUCUUCUCGACUGCAAGACAACGACCCCAUGUUCAGACAGAGAGAGGAGGCCUCCAUGGGACCAUAGUGAUUUUCAGAGCUAGUAACCAGAUCCAGUCAAUCAAUUCUACAGAAUCAGGCAGCAUCCUCAGGCUUGCAGAAACUACAGCCAAAUGGAAACUCCAGCCGAAUGUGCUCCUUGGCACAGCCCAUGUCUGCUUCCCUUGUCAGUAGACACUGGACGCAGAAGCCUGAGUUACCAUUCGGUUCUGUCUGGGGCAUCCCAUUUUCUCAACUAGGUGACAGGAGUAAGAGGUGCUUCGCCUAGUCUGAAUCUUAAAAACUUGCACCUGACCCCUGGGGCAUCGCACGAUGCGACGAGGAACUCGGUUUCCUAUCCCUGUACGGUCGCGGCCACUCUUCCAGUGCCUGCCUGGAGAGCUGGUCUCACGGGGAGAUCGUGAAGGUGCCUGAGGGAACGUGGCCAAGCGCCAUCCGGCCUCUUGCAGUCUUCUGGUGGGUCAGAACUGACCAGUUUCCACAUUGGAGGGCAAGAGCUAACUGGUCCACAGCUCUAUGAGAAGACCGUGUUCCGGGUCACCUCAGUGGUUUCCCCGUGCCUUAAAGCAGAAAGAAAAAUACGUACCAAGAAUCUUGGCUUGCCUUCCAGAACACACAAGUGCCUUUAACUUUGCCCGUGUUCCCCAGUGUCUCUAAGGCGGCGGUGUUCGUGACUGUGGAUAAUGGAUCCACGGCACAAAUAGCACACCACAAGGAGCCCAGCUCGAGUACAUUCCAACUGCUUUAGCAUGCCUUUAUUAUGUAGUCAUUCCUUAAACCUGUGAGGCCGUGUGAGAUGCUGGCACUGCUGGCGCGAUGCGCACAGAGGCGCCGCGACGAUGUGGUGUUGGGUAAUUGUACGGAGGCCAAGGUCCUCGCUGUGGAGAAAGGUUUACAGAAUUCAAUGGUGCAUUUUGUGGGUGCCGACUUUCUUCGGAGCCCACCGCCUCAGAUCUAAAAUUGAGUCCCCUUUCCUGGUGGAAGUGGAAGAUGUGAACAAACUGUUUUUGUUAUUGUUGUUCAGUUGUUACAUAGAACCAGGGAGGUUAAAACUGUGACCUUCCGCCACGUGGCCAUCGCCGGUGACACACGUCUAUCUCCAUAGCACUCACUGCUACUGUUAGAGCCAUUUCUGAGUGAGAAUAUAUUUAAUCCUAAUAUGUCCUUACAGUACACAGAUAAUGAAAGGAAUAAGAUGCACUAUCUAUCCGAUAAAGAAUACUUGGCAAUAACUUCCACUUUAAUGUAACUUAGGAACCAAUAACUAGGGGUAUGGUUUGCAGCAGGGAGGGAAUGCUUGUCUCCCUUUUUAUAUUCUUUCAAUGAUGGACUAUAGUUUUAAAAAAUCGAUAAUUAUAUUUCGAUGGCAAUCCAGCUAUUCUUUGAUAUUUUAAAUAAAAAAAUGUACAGGCAUGAAUAAUAAGAGUUAAUUUGGCUGGGAAAGUCUAGCAUCCAGACGUAAGGCAGGCCGGAGAC